CUUCGUUUUUGUUUGUUUUUCUUCAGCCCGUCAGGCUCACGUCCUCCUACUCCUCAAAGUGAUUCAGAAUUAGUCAGUAAAUCUACAGACAGAAGUGGACUAAAGAAUCCACACAUGCACUGGGCCUGGGGAGAGCUACCACAGGCCACAAAGACGAGUUCUUUGAUCAAAGCUAAGGAGCCCAACACGAUAGAUGUAAAUCCUUCUGAAAGCACUCAUUUUCGGGUCAUCCAGAGUGCUCCUAUAGAGGAGUUUAUUGGCGUGUCUCCUCUACCUGCCCUUGGACAGAAAGAUGCAGCAACUGCUGAUGAAGCUGAGCCCUUGCCAGCUGAGACAAAUAAGCCAGAGACAGAAUCUGCAGGAGCAGCUGUACCAUCAUUGCCUGCCAAUGAGGACAUAAAACAAGCUGCGGCUUGCUCAGCUCAGGCAGUUGGCAAGAUGGAUUCCCCUUCCAGAAAGAAAGACAAACGAAGCCGGCAUCUUGGUGCUGACGGUGUCUAUUUAGAUGACCUUACUGACAUGGAUCCAGAAGUUGCUGCGCUUUACUUCCCCAAAAAUGGAGAUAACACACAAAACAGAAACACAAAUGACGCAGGGACACGAUCUGCCACUCAUUCUCCACAAUCUUUUGGGAGUUCAGGUGCUGACAGUGGUGUUGAAAGCACCUCAGAUGGAACCAGAGAUUUGCCCUCCAUUGCCAUUUCUCUCUGUGGAGGCCUCACGGACAACAAAGAGAUAACCAAAGAAGAAUUCUUAGAACAUGCAAUAACGUAUCAGCAGUUUGUGGACAAUCCUGCUAUCAUUGAUGACCCUAACCUUGUGGUUAAGAUUGGAAAUAAAUACUACAACUGGACAACAGCUGGUCCCCUUCUGCUGGCAAUGCAGGCAUUCCAGAAACCUUUGCCAAAGGUGAGAUUGAAUAUGAAGGUUGGUCAGAGCGGAAGCUUUGAUGUUUUGCUGUAUAUUAAGGCAUAUCAUUAACUAAGGCAGAUAAAA